AAGAUGAGCGUGGCCGUCCCGGUGCCGUGCGCGUGAGAGAGAGAGAGAGAGAGAACACAUCUCCUUUUGGAUAAGACGCCACAGCGCAGCGUUUCUUUCUGCAUCUUUUCUUUUUUUCUCCUCUUUCUCCACCUCCUGCUGCUCCUCUCGCUACAUCCCUCAGCUGUCGGUCUCUCCGGUUUAACGGCAGACCAACCGGAGAGCCUGCUUUGGUGGAAAUACAUUUUUUGUCCUUUUUUCCUCGUGAUCGGUGUUGCUGGCGCGCGGUCGGUGCGCGCGUCUGGAUUCCGGUGAAUGGUGGAUUUGGCGAACAUGGAGUCCGUGGAGAAGGAAUGCGGGGCCCUCGGGGGUCUGUUCCAGGCGAUUGUCAACGACAUGAAGUGUUCCUAUCCAGUGUGGGAGGACUUCAGUGGAAAGGCCACCAAGCUGCAUUCACAGCUCCGAGCCACGGUUCUGGCCGCUGUGGCGUUUCUCGAUGCCUUUCAGAAGGUGGCGGACAUGGCGACCAACACCAGAGGAGCUACCAGAGAUAUCGGCUCAGCUCUGACCAGGAUGUGCAUGAGGCACCGCAGCAUUGAGGCCAAACUCCGCCAGUUCACCAACGCUUUGAUGGAGAGCCUGAUUACUCCCCUCCAGGACAAGAUUGAGGACUGGAAAAAGACAGCCAACCAGCUGGAUAAAGAUCACGCCAAAGAGUACAAGAGGUCACGCCACGAGAUCAAGAAGAAGUCAGCUGACACCAUGAAGUUACAGAAGAAAGCGCGGAAAGAGAUCCAGGGGCGGGGCGACCUGCAGCCUCAGCUGGACAGCGCCAUGCAGGAUGUGACCGACAUGUGCCUGCUGAUGGAAGAGAUGGAGAAGCAGGCGGUGCGCAGGGCCCUGGUGGAGGAGCGAGGACGCUUCUGCACCUUCAUCGGCUUCCUCCAGCCCGUCGUGAAUGGAGAGGUCUCCAUGUUGGGCGAGAUCACACACCUCCAGGCCAUCAUCGAUGACCUCACUGUGCUCACAACGGACCCCCACAAACUGCCGCCGGCCAGCGAACAGGUGAUUAAAGAUCUGAAAGGAUCGGAUUACAGCUGGUCCUAUCAGACGCCGCCGUCAUCCCCGAGCAGUUCUGGAUCACGAAAAAGCAGCAUGUGCAGUAGCGUGAACUCCGCCCACAGUAGUGCCUCCCGUUCUUCAGGGGGAGGUGGGAGUGGUGGAAUCGGUGGUAGUGGGGGAGGUUCUCAGCCUCACUCACCAACUUCCUCCUCCUCCUAUCGUUACCGCAGCAGCCUGACACACCAGCCCCCACCACCAGGGGGCAUAGCAGCUCACCGCCUCAGCAGCGUCUCCUCUCACGAUUCGGGAUUUGUCUCCCAGGAUGCAAAUAUCUACUCCAAGCCCCCAUCACCCAUGCCCUCUGACAUCACCAGCCAGAAGUCAUCCAGCUCGGCAUCUUCAGAGGCCUCGGAGACAUGUCAGUCAGUCAGUGAAUGCAGCUCCCCCACAACCGAUUGGUCCAAAGCAGGUCAGUAUGAGCAGCCUGGGGCAGGAGUGCCAGUCCAGAGAAGAAAAGAACCUCUGGAUCGGCUGAGGGAGAGCGAAGCAUCGCCAGGCCCACAUGGGUAUAGCGUUGCAGUGCACCCUGAUGAUGGACAAAGGCCGAGGAUGACACCAGUGGCCAUCGCUUCAAAGCACGGUGAGGAGGUUUCUCCUGCCGCCAGCGACCUGGCCAUGGUCCUGACCAGAGGACUGAGUGUGGGGCAGCAGAAAAGCAACAGAGACUCCCUGCAGUACUCCAGCGGCUACAGCACAGAAACCACAACCCCGUCCUGCUCCGAGGACACCAUCCCUUCACAAGGUUCCGAUUACGACUGUUACUCCAUGAACGGAGAUGCUGAAGGUCCAGAUGGACAGACAGAAUUUGACAAGUCCUCCACAAUUCCUCGCCACUCCAACAUUGCCCAGAACUAUCGCCGUAUGAUCCAGACAAAGAGGCCAGCCAGCACUGCUGGUCUACCCAGUGGGGUGCUGGGUCCAGGGGCCCAUGCGGGACAGUCUGGGGGAGCUGGGGGAGGUGGAGCAGGGACACCAGGCACUGCCACUAUUCGCCGAACGCCAUCUACCAAACCGGGUGUGAGACGCACACUGUCCAAUGCAGGGCCCAUUCCCAUCCGACCACCCAUUGUGCCUGUUAAGACACCCACCGUUCCCGGAGACUCUCAGUCACCUAGUGCAGGUGUUGGUGUGUGCUCAGGUGGAGGGCAUGCAGGUACCAUGCCUGUGCGUGUAGGCAGCGAGGAAUGUGUAUUCUUCACCGGAGUGGAAGAUUCACAGGGAGCACUCGAUUACGUGAAGGCCUCACCCAAGCGCCUCAGCCUGCCUAAUACUGCCUGGGGGUCAGGGGCAGCAUUAGAGGUCUAUGCCCAGCAGCAAGGAGCCCACAGAGGCCUGGGAGCAAGUUCAGGUGGGUCCGAGGAGGAUCAUAUUAUUGCUGCAAAUCGACACAGCCUCGUGGAGAAGAUCGGUGAGUUGGUAGCAAGUGCACACGCCCUGGGUGAGGGGCAGUUUCCUUUCCCCGCCCUCCCCGAUGAUCCGACCCCAUCGCUAUCCGGCCCCAUCGGCGACACUCAGACAGACGCAGACGGAGCAGAGGGGACCGGUGACAUGUUGACGACCAUCAGGAGAGGAGUCCGCCUUCGUAAGACGGUCUCAAAUGACCGCUCGGCACCGCGGAUCUUGUGAUUGUUGGAACGUCAGGAAGAGGAAGCUACUUGUCAGUAAUAAAGGAGUGCUGUGUCGGUAUGGUGCAAUCCAACCACCUAGUACAUACGUAAAACUUAAAACCAUUUAGGAAAAUCUGUGAUGUAACAGAAGAUCAACAACAACAAAAAAAUGACAUUAGAGUAAAUGAUAUAUAUAUAUAAUAUAAUAUUAAUCCUUGCUGACAAUUAAAGCAAAGUGCUGAGUACGGACAAGUCGCUGUAACUAGUGUGUGUUGGACGCAUGUUUGUCUUCUCUACACCCUCACCUAGAGACGGAAAAAAACAAAAAACAAAACGUAAAAACGGACUGUGUUCACUUUGCCAAUUUACAGCCUCCCUGAUCUCCAACUAAGCCGUUCGUCUAAUCCGACAAGAAAGCCUGAAGGAGGAGCCAGUGAGGGUGAGGGGAGGGGCCAAAGUGAUGUCCCAGGCUGUUUCCGCAGCAACGCACUGUAGUGAUGAACCCAUUGACCUGAAGCUUUGGUAUUAACAUGGUGAGCUAACAAGCCUGCGAGUUCCUCUGGUUCCGUAUAUUAAAAAAA